AUUAAAUACCAUUAUCCGUCUCAAAGUAUUUCAUUGUUCUUAUGCUGCAACUUGCUUGAUAUGCUUUAUAGCCAGUCGAUGAAUUCAUGUUUGCACCCUCUUCUAUAAGUGUAAGUAAGCUUCAUGGAUGAUAGACUUGGAAACAUAAAGAUCAUCAAAGAUCAUUUCAAAGCAUCCGCACCUAGUAUUGACUCUCUUCAGGACAUAGCUUCUUCAUCUGUUUCACAACCAAGAACUGAUAAUUAUUUGAGGUCUCAUAGCCGUUUGUGGAGUAGGAAAAAAUUAAGAAGUGCAGCAUACAUGUUGAAGUUGAACUUUUUUAGUCUGCGGGGACUGCCUUGGGGGUCUAGCACUGAUAGCGAGGAAAAGGUUGUGCUAACUGCUGUAGAACUAGAAUCACUUCGAUCGGAUCUUGCUGAUUUAGAAGAGAAGGAAGCUCACUUGAAAGCUCAAUUGGAACACGUUGAUGAAAUUCUGCGAUCUGCUCGUCUCUCUGGCUAUUUGUACAUCCGAACUAGGUGGAAACCGCUACCAGGAGAACCUCCCCCUCUUGAUGAUACUGACGUUGAUGACUGGCUUCCUCGCUUUGUUGUCUUGCAAGGGCCAUGCAUUUUCUUCUACUUGUUUUCCACAGAUCUGAGUCCUCAAGACUCCACCCUAUUAUCUGAUAUUGUUGAAAUAGGUCCCUUGCCAAGCGUUACACGAGAUGAUGAAGGAACACAAUAUGCAUUUUAUAUCUUAACUAUUCAAGGACUUCGAUUCGAGUGCUCAAGUGCUUCUAAGGUACAGGUGGACUCCUGGUUGUCAGCACUACAAACUGACUGCAAAUUGGGGGGUUCAGAUGCCACCACAGCUCCAAAUGGCGCAUGUGAGAUACUCUCUCUCUCUCUCUCUCUCUCUCUCUCUCUUCCUCUGAGACCUUUUCAGCUAUUGAAAAUGAGCUCUCAGAUUUGCAGAUCCGCUUCUAGAGCUGCCAGGUCCUUCCUCUCUGCUGCUCCUAAGAGCUCUCGUUUCUACUCUGAAGGGCGAGCUGUAGCUGCUGCUGCAGCAGUAACCUUGAGUUCAAAGGUGCCUGUCUUUGCUUCAAAUUUUGGAAGAGCUGGUUCCGAAAAUGUGUCUAGAGGAUGGAUUUCAGGAGCUCUUGCCCUUCCUGCAGCAGCUUACAUGCUCGUCGACCAGGAGGUUCAUGCUGCAGAGUUGGAACGCACUUUCAUUGCUAUAAAGCCAGAUGGAGUUCAAAGAGGACUGAUCGCAGAAAUCAUAUCCCGAUUUGAGCGCAAGGGUUUUAAGCUUGUAGGCAUAAAAGUAGUUAUUCCUACGAAGGAUUUUGCACAGAAGCAUUAUCAUGAUCUUAAGGAAAGGCCAUUCUUUAAUGGUCUAUGUGACUUCCUUAGCUCGGGACCUGUUAUUGGAAUGGUCUGGGAAGGAGAAGGUGUGAUCAAGUAUGGUAGAAAACUCAUUGGAGCCACAGACCCACAAAAAUCAGAACCAGGAACUAUCAGAGGUGAUCUAGCUGUUGUUGUUGGAAGAAAUAUCAUCCACGGCAGCGAUGGGCCAGAGACUGCCAAGGAUGAAAUCAACUUGUGGUUUAAGCCAAAUGAGUUGGUUAGUUACACCAGCAAUGCAGAGAAGUGGGUGUAUGGAGAGAACUGAUUGAAUUUUUUGUUUACUGUGAUCUUCCGGCAAUGUAGGUCCCACGUGAAAGAGUGGGGAAAGUAGAGGUUAUUGUUAGAAUAAAAUUGUUUCCAUUGAGGUGAGUGUAAUUGUUUGCAGCUAUUUUGUACCCUAAUCAAUAAAUUUCUUCACCGAUUUCAAAUAAUCCUUUACCUCAGUUUUGCUACAUGUAA